CCGCGGGCCCUUCCGCCCGGGCGCUCGCGGCGGCCCCUGGGGUCGGGCCGAGCAGGAGCUCAGGAGCUGUCGGACGCUGAGGGCCCUGGGCUGGCCGUCCGGGUUCCGGGUGAAGUCGCGCCCCUGACGGGCCAGUCCGCCCUAGACCCGGCCCGAGCUUACACGUCUGUAAAAUGGAAGCCUGGGCUAGUGAUCUGUGAGGACCUUCCGCGUCGGACGUGUGAUCUCGAGAGGGACCUGCGUACAUCGAAGCUGCCGGAGGGAAAGAAUAGCUUGAAACCCAUGGCCCAAAAUGACUCUGCCAGUGGAGACUUUCUUCUGUGAAGAAGGCGACCAGAUAGGAGGCUGGGAUGAGCAUGCCACUGCAUCAGAUCUCUGCCAUUCCAUCCCAGGAUGCUACCUCUGCUAGAGUCUACAGAAGUAAGACCAAAGAAAAGGAGAGGGAAGAACAGCAUGAGAAGACUUUGGGACAUUCCAUGAGUCAUUCAAGCAACAUUUCUAAGGCUGGGAGUCCUCCAUCAGCGUCAGCUCCGGCUCCGGUGUCUGCCUUCUCUCGCACUUCUGUCACACCGUCCACCCAGGACAUCUGCAGUUCCAGUGCAGUGUUUUCUGAGUGUUGUCACCACAGUCCCGUGCAGUCUGCUGUUGUCUUGAAAACUCCUCAAUGCCAGAGUUCUCUGACACAAGGGCUCACUGUGACAGUUAUUUGUAAAGACACAGUACAGGCGUCAAAGAGAAAUUCCUUUGGUUCAGAAUGGGUCCAGGCCUUGAACCCUGUUAAGAAUACUAAAGGCAGAAGAACACUAAAGUUCUCAAAGUCCCUAAAUGACGUGGGUGAGAAGGCCCAAGAUACUUUGGAAAGUUUUGACUAUGUGGAACGAACUUGUUCUGAAGGAAAAUUAAUACUCCCUCACGAUCCACGUCUCAGAAUUAACAGGUUCCAUCAUAAAGAGAAAAGGACGCUGAUCCGCAGACCUCUUGGCAGUUCCAAACAUUCUUGCGUUUCAUCCCUUUCUGCCAAUUGUUCAACUGCCUCUGAGGCGGGAGCUGGCAAGGGAGGUGUGCACGUCCCGCUGUCGGACGAGAAAGGAGAUGGCGAGGCCGUGUCCAGAAGCCGGCGGCUGCUCCGGUACCUGCUCUCUCUCUCGCGCGGCUCGAGCUCCAGCAGCCUGCACAGGUUCCACGAGCUGGAGAGCUGUGCCGGUCACCUGCAUGCCGCCAAGUCCUCCAGCGGGCUGGCUGGGAGCGCCGGCUUCUGCUCCGAUGAGAUGGGAGACGACGACGUCUUUGAGGACAGCACGUCCACAAAACUGAAAAGCAGGGUCCUGCGGGCGCCCCUCUGCUCCACAGAAAAGGACAGCGACCUGGAUUGUCCUUCUCCCCUCUCUGAGAAAUGUCCCCCCAUGUCCCCCGUGUCCACAUCAGGGGAUGCCUGCAGGAUCUGUCACUGUGAGGGAGAUGACGAGAGCCCUCUGAUCACGCCUUGCCGCUGCACGGGAAGCCUCCACUUUGUGCACCAGGCCUGCCUGCAGCAGUGGAUCAAGAGCUCUGACACGCGCUGCUGCGAGCUCUGCAAAUACGAGUUCAUCAUGGAGACCAAGCUGAAGCCUUUGAGAAAAUGGGAGAAGCUGCAGAUGACAGCCAAUGAGCGCAGGAAGAUCAUGUGCUCAGUGACGUUCCAUGUCAUCGCCAUUACCUGCGUGGUCUGGUCCUUGUACGUGCUCAUCGACCGCACCGCUGAGGAGAUCAAGCAGGGGCAGGCAACAGGAAUCCUAGAGUGGCCCUUUUGGACUAAAUUGGUGGUUGUGGCCAUUGGCUUCACCGGAGGACUUCUUUUUAUGUAUGUUCAGUGCAAAGUAUAUGUGCAUUUAUGGAAGAGACUCAAGGCUUAUAAUAGAGUGAUCUAUGUUCAGAAUUGUCCAGAAACAAGCAAAAAGAAUGUUUUUGAAAAAUCUGCACUAACGGAGACCAACUUUGAAAAUAAAGAUGGACGUGGAGUCUGUCAUUCCGACACAAACUCUUGUUGCACAGAGCCUGAAGACACUGGAGCAGAAAUCAUUCAUGUUUGAUUGUCUGGAGGGUGUAGUUUUCCUGGACAUCUGUGAAGAGCUGAAGGAAAUUGUUUACUGCCAAUUGUGUACCUUUCUUAUGUCCUUUAAUAGCAUAGACGGGGCAGGUGAAUAUUUUUAGUGGCUUCUCUUUUUCUGAACCCUCCUUCAUGAAUCUCCUCGAAAGCCCUUCCAGGAGCCAGGCAUGGCUGGGUCCCCCCUCUGCCAGGCUGCUCUGUGGGAAGAGAAGGUGGAAGACUCCAUGAUGCCAUGAUGGGGAGACGGCCGAGUUUGCACCCAUGAUCUUGAGCAGAACGAGAGAAUAAAAUGCCAAACCCGAGGGAAGAGCAGGAGCAGGGGGCACCAGGCCUUGAUGUGCAGCUUCCUCCAGCUUGCAGCGUGCAGGCCCUGAAGUGUCUGGCCCUGAGGAGAGGAUCCCCUCUGCACUAAGGAGAGCCCCUCCCGGCACAAAGUCCUGCCCGCCCUCUGCUGAUGCUGCCACCUUGGCUCUCUCAAGCAGGCAGUGCCGGCGCUCCGUGUGUGGUGGCGUGUGAUUCACCGAGCAAACAGCACUUUACAGAAGAGAAUCUUUAUUUUGUGAUACGUGUGUCCAGUGGGAUUGACACUUAAAGAACAUCUCAUUUAGAAAUCUCCCCUUUGUUACCCUUGUUAUCUCUUUUACAUCGUAAUAGAUCUAAAACCCUUUUUGCCUUAUAUAUGCUAAGAAGCGUGACAUUCACUCUGUGUCCAUAAGACAGACUUGUGUGACUCUAAAACAGGACAGACAGAUCUGAGGCUUUUUCAUGGGAAUUAAUGGAUGUUAAAUGGCAAUUAGAGCAUAAUUCCUAUGCUUUUGAGCUUGUUUUAUGACAAGUCCUUAUUUCAGAAGCCUGCCCUGUACAUUUCUUUUUUGUCAACACUGAAAAAGAAGGGUUUUUGAGAUCUAAACAGAAGGAAAGGAAGUGAAUAAUUACAACAAAAAUGAAUAUUUAAAAAAUAUUCCUUUAUAGACAAAUCUCUCCAGUUGGUGCUGACUUCACACUGAAGGAGCAGCCACGUGCCGCCUUGGUCGGGGCUUGUGCCGCAGGUGCUCCUAGGUGCUGGCCCACCAUGCAGCUCUGCUCGGGGGAAGGUUCUGUGGAGUCACCACUGAGGGCCAAGGGGCAAGUGGGCUGGCCCUAGGACAAGGAUCAGGUGUGAGCAGCAAAUUGCGGGGGUCCCCAGCCACAUACCUGCCCAUCUGUCGCCUUAACUGGACUGAACAGACAGGAUCCUUUAGGGGCCCUUGGCCCCACUGUUGGUCCAUUCUGUCAUCAGGGAUUAUCUCCUGUACCAGUUUCAUAAGACAAAACCAAAAUCACUACCAUCAAAUUGCCUUUAUCCCUUUAAAAAGUCUGCUUAAAAUUCUGUUUUUAAAACCUAGUUCCAUAGUACCAGGCAAAUAAAGAGUCAACUCCAGGAAAGUAGGCCAGAGGGCCUACACCACAAUGUGAGCAGGCCACGUGCUGUCUGUCCUGGUGACUUUCAUCCAGCUGGCAGAGGGGUGGUGAGGUGCCCGGGGGUCCUGCCCUCACUCUCUCUGAGCCUGGUCCGUCAUCCUGUUGAAAGGCGCAAGCAAACACUAGAUUUCUUUGCCUUUCGGAGUGGAAGCCUGUGGUUUGUUUUGAAGUCCGGGAGGAGGUUGAAGGGUCUCUAAGCUCUGGGUGCGGCGCAUCGGGGUCACCAGUCCUGGUCUGUGGAGCUGCCCCGCCGUGGCCCUUCUCUGGGCGGACAGGCACUGUCCGGCCACAGCUGGCUCCUGAAAAUGGGUUAACCUGCCCUCUCUCCCAGGCCACAUCCAGCCUGUGCCUGUGUUCACUGUGCCCCAAAGUGCAAUUACCCACACCCCUUCUCCUUCUGGGGACACCAGGCAGCCACAGACUGUCCACUCAGGGGAGCUGAAUCCCAGGUCAGCCCUGCCACUGCCUCUUAGGAACUCUUGCCCAGGCAAGGCCCCUGGUUUUGUACACUUGUCCCUGCUACCCUCCAACCACGGAUGAGUGGUUAAAGUGAUGACUGGGAUAGAUUUUUAAGUGUGAAUUCCCUCCCACCCAUGGAACCCCUUCUGCUGAAUUUGAAAAGCCCUGAGACUUCCUGCAGAGAGGAAAGUGUGCUGAGGUAGGGGUAGCCCCUGGGCAGCCCACCUGGCGUGGCUGGCACCCUGUCCGGCUGCCAUGCAUGCCCAACCAGAUUCUCAUGUGAAGCCGUCUCCCGUUUCCGGAAGGCCUAACACCAUCUCAUCAUCUCUGGCCACUCUGUGGACAGUCGCCCACAUCCUUCUUUCACCUCCUGGCGGGGCACACAGCCACCCCCUUGACUUUUCUUUUCGUGCAGGUUCUAGUUCAGCACCUCUGAUCCAUUGGCCCCUCAGUGACUGACUAGUAGUGAAGCGUGAAGCCUGGCAGGGGGUGCUCUGCUGCCACCUAGUGGGGACACAGCAUCUGCCAGUAUGCCUUUCAUCUGGGUGAACUUGCCAAGUUCUUUUGGGGGGCUAUUUAUUCCCUAGUUCUCCCCCCCCCUUUAUUUUGCAUUUGGCUUUAGUGGUAAGAUGGCAUUUGGCUGAACCAUACAGAAACCCAGGCUUAGGUGUCAGGGCCAGGAGGGCUGAUAUUUGUGGGCCAGGGAAGGGGAAGAGGCAGGCAGUCUCCGGUGUGUCACCAGCCAGCCCUCUCUCUGAUUGGGCCUUUUCUCCCAUAAGUACCACUUUCAGGUUUCUGAUUUCAGCUGUAAAUGGAUUUUUGUGUCCAAGUCUAUUGGGAGACUUUCUUGGAAACCCUGUAAGAUCUAUUUCUACUCUAGGCUUCUAAUAUCUCUCCCUUUUUUGCUUUAAUCCCUCUUUUCAAUCAUAUAGGCCUAGUUUCUGCCGUUCGUGUGCCCUGCCUGGUGUGAGGCCCCAGCAGCCGGGCCAGUUGGGAGCCUCUGGUGAUGCCUGCAGGGCCUGCAGGGCUAGAGGAGGGCUGGGCCAGCGGGGCGAGCCUCGCAGUGCUGUGGGCUUGGCUGGACACAAACACAUUUGAAAUACUUUCCCUUUUGAAUCUGGUUUGGAAUGUGCAGCUUCCAUCUCUAGCCCAAGGAAAGACCAAAACGUAGGGAAACAAAAGCAUUUAUCUUUGUUUUGGAAGUAAUUGUUCAGGUUGUGCACCUGAUCAGGCACAUUUAGAUGCAAUGUUUAUAGAAAGUUGAUUGUUAAUAAAAACCAAAUUUACACUGGCAUGUGUGGUGUAGUUUCUAAAGGCACUUCACAUUUGAAAUUUUUCUUACCUUAGAAAGUUUCUAGUUAUCUGAAUGUCUAGUUUUGUAUUCUUUUGUGUAUGUUCACUGUUUCUCAGUAUUACCACUUGAAUAAUUCUCUGUACAGGGGGGUUUGUGCUAUACACUGGGGUGUCUAAUUGCAGCAAUAAAGCCUUUCUUUAAAAAGGA